AUGACUGAAUUCGUGCCAGAUGAACGCCAUUUGCACGAAUCACUCAUUUUUCUCUUCAACUUGAAGAAAACCAGCAAGGAGGCUCACGAAAUGCUCGAAAAAGCGUAUCGGGAUCAAUCAAUGCCGGAACAAGUAUGCGCGGAAUUAUUUGAACGAUUCGAGAACGGAAAAUUCGAAAGAGGAGAAAAUCGCGAGAAAAUCGAAAAUACGGAAUUACUAGCAUUGCUGGGCGAUGACAGUACACUCUCAGUAGGGCGAUUAGCCGAGAUGAUGAAUGUGACGACGGAAGAAGUGUCGGUUCUCAUAUGUAAAAUCGGACGAAUUCAGAAGGAAGGGGUAUGGGUGCCUGAGAAGCUGCCGAAGCAGAUGAUGGCUAAUCGGAAAACCAUCUGCGAAUCACUAUUCACCAGGCAAAAGAAGAAGUCAUUUUUGCAUCGAAUCAAAUCGUUCUCUGUGAAGAAUCGCGAUUCCAUUCAAAACCAACAAUGCUGCUUCAAGCAAUGCGUAAAAUGUGAACGCCAUAAGCUGAAACCGUUUCUUCCUCUUCGAAUUGUCAUUUGA